AACCUUUCCCAUUUUCAGUCACUUUCUUCAAAAUUCCGACCAUGGCUUCCAUUAGUUUCUAUGUUCUAAUCACUGCAUUUUCUCUUCUAAUUUUACAAGCCACUUCACAAACCUGCAAAUCCCAAAAAAAUUCCGGCAACAAUCUCUACGCAAAUUGCGUAGACCUUCCUUCACUAACCUCAUACCUCCACUACACUUUUGAUUCUUCCAAUUCUACCCUCUCAGUCGCCUUUCUAGCGUCUCCGCCUUCCCCCAACGGCUGGAUUGCAUGGGGAAUUAACCCCACGGCCACCGGAAUGGCCGGAACUCAGGCGCUGGUCGCUUAUAAAGACUCUAAAGGAGCUUUAACUGUUAAAACUUUUAAUAUCAGUUCUUACACUGUUGCUACUGUGGUUCAGGAGAAACUUAGCUUUGAAGUGUGGGAUACACGCGCCGAGGAAGUGAGUGGUGGUAGGAGGUUAUUUGCGAAAAUUAAAGUUCCGGCGGAAUUAGCGGCGAAAGGGGCGGUUAAUCAGGUUUGGCAAGUGGGACCGGCUGUUGACGACACUGAUAAAGGUGUCUUGAGACCCCAUGCUAUGGGUGGUCCUAAUUUUAACUCUAAAGGAAGCUUGAGUUUGAGUACCUCCGCUGUUAGUGGCAGCGGCGGUGGCGGCGGCGGUGGUGGUGUUGAUUCAAGGACUAAAAAGAGAAAUAUUCAUGGGGUUUUAAAUGCAGUGAGCUGGGGGAUAUUAUUUCCAAUUGGGGCUAUAAUUGCAAGGUAUUUAAGGAGUUUUCAAUCUGCAGAUCCGAUUUGGUUUUAUUUACAUGUGGGUUGUCAGGUUUCUGCUUAUGCAAUUGGGGUUGCUGGGUGGGGAAUGGGUAUUAAACUCGGGAGUGAAUCAAAGGGUUUUGAGUAUUCCGGUCACCGGCGAAUCGGAAUUUCUCUGUUUGCUCUUGCUACAUUGCAGAUUUUUGCAUUGUUCUUGAGACCGAAGAAAGACCACAAGUAUCGAUUUUACUGGAACUUAUAUCACCACGGUGUUGGAUACGCAAUACUCAUUCUCGGCAUUCUGAAUGUGUUCAAAGGUCUCGAUAUUCUGAACCCGGAAGGGAAAUGGAAAUCUGCCUACAUAAUCGUGAUCGCCGUCCUGGGCGCGAUAGCUUUGUUGCUCGAAAUAAUUACUUGGAUAGUCGUUCUGAAACGGUCCAACAAGUCCACCAAGCCGUAUGAUGGAUACAGUGGACAGGGCAGACAACAGCCGUUCACUUCAUGAUCGAACGGUUCCUGCCUGUAGUGAUUAUGAUUUUGUAACAUCCUUUUUCCUCUCUUGCUCAUUUGAGAUUUUUACAAGCUAGCUAGGCCUGCAUUUUCUUUAGGAUAUGAUUUGGUUUCUUGUUUUAUUUUGUUUGAUAUUUUAUGUAAAAUGGUGUGGCUUCUUGGUACAGAUUUGUGUGUUUUUACCCUGUGUUUGUACUAUAUAUUUUAGCGUAGAGCUAUAAUUUUAUGGUAUUUAAGUGUAUUGAGCUGAAUUUCAGUAGUGAAUUCUUUUUAUGAUUCUUCUUC